AUGGUAGCAUCAGCAGCUUCGAAGGCAAACCCAGAAACCCAAAGAAGAAUAGACAACAUAUGCAGAUCUAACGAAGACUAUGGUUUCUGCAACAAGGUCUUUCAACGAGACAUCCCACAGCCUGACGUCGACAAUUUUGUGCUUACUAAUAUCACCAUUGUUGAAGCUCUUAUGAAUGCUUCGAAUAGUCUGGAAUUCAUUAGGGCUCAAAUAGCAGCUGUGGAGAACGAUCCGGUGAGACUCAUCUACUAUAAGGUUUGUGAGGAUGCAUACUCCAUUCUUAAGCAAAGUUUUGAAUUAGCAUUUCAAGCUUUUAAAAAAGGAGAUUAUAAAGAGGUUCAAUCAAAUGAAAGGGAAAGUCCAAGAGUGCAAGCACGUUGUGUAACCAUUUUUACUCUCACUCAACACAAUACUAUGAAUGAGAGGAAUAGGGAGAUGAGGAUUCUAAUUACUAUGGCUCUUGUUUCUGUUACUAAUAUUCUCUAA